GAACAUGGCUAAAAAGUAACAGCAAAAAUUGCGAUGUUUAUGCGCGGCAAGAGCUACGAUGUGGACACAACGAUAUCCGUUGUAGAUUCCGACAUGGAGAGCAACAAUAUCGGCAUAGAUUUGACAUCGAAGAAAAAAGCCCGCCAAUCGCCGGUGACUUCAACAGUUUUCAAGGGAUUCGUUAGCACCUAUCAGGAUUAUUGCCAGCACACCUCCAUACACGGUGUUCAGUAUCUGGGCGAGAACAAUCGACCGAUAAAGGAGCGAAUUUUCUGGCUAUCUGUAUUUGUGGUGUCAAUUUAUUGCUGCACCAAGCUGAUCCACAGUGCCUACACCAAGUGGGAUGCAACGCCGGUGAUUGUGAGCUUUGCUGAGAGAUCGACACCGGUAUGGAAUAUACCCUUCCCGGCCGUCACCAUCUGCUCGGAAACGAAGCGUGUGCUAAAGGGAUCUGGCAAGAAUUCCUAUGCGCACCUCUACAAUCAGUUCACGGCCGACAUGCAUGCCUCACGCAUUUUCAAGCCACAAAACAUCAGUGCCCGGGAAAUGGAGGAGUUUCGCACUCUGCUGCAUGUGUGCAAUACACAAAUCGUUGAGCAGGAUAUGCCUCUGAUACCUGGUGAGGAUGUCGACUACUUUGAUGUGCUGGAUCGGAUGUUGCCGCCUUUCGAGCGCUAUUUCUUCUAUUGCCGUUGGCUGAGUCGCUUCAACGAGUGCGACAAAUACUUUCGCAAGAUCCUGACGGAGGAGGGCAUCUGCUAUACGUUCAAUGGAUUGCGUCCCACGGAAAUUUACAGGGAGGAUACAUAUCAGUAUCAGCACAGCUCCGUGGAGAAUUUCACACACUCGUCCUGGAGCUUGGAAACUGGCUAUGAUGCCACCAGUGACGUUGAAACGUAUCCAGCACGUGUGCUCAGCGCCGGAGCACGUUCCGGCAUCUUUAUGACACUGCAGAGUUUCAAGCAGGAGGUGGACUAUGCGUGCCGUGGUCCCGUCCAGGGAUUCAAAGUCAUUUUGCAUGCACCGGACGAUGUGCCUCAGGUGUCCAAGCAGUUUGUGCGCAUUCCCAUGGGCCGGGAGGUACUGAUUGCUGUUAAACCCAACAUGAUAACCACAUCCGCGGGCAUUGCCGAGUAUCAUCCGCAGCGACGUCAGUGCUUCCUCAGUAACGAGCGAUUGUUGCGCUUCUUUAAGGUCUACUCGGAGUCCAAUUGCCAACUGGAGUGUCUGGCCAACUUUACGCUUACCAAAUGCGGCUGUGUCAAGUUCUCCAUGCCGCGCAGCCUGGAUAUGCCCGUCUGUGGUGAGGAGAAGAUCUACUGCUACGAUCGGGCAGAACGGGAGUUGCUCGUCCGCGAGUUUCAACGUGUGCGCAGCCUAAAUGUGGCCGGAGAGGCGCCAAAGGGGGCGGAAUCCGCCUGCAAUUGUAUGCCCGCCUGCACAUCGUUGAUUUACAACACGGAAAUCUCGCAGGCCAACUUCGAUUUGGAUGAAAUGCUCGCUGCCGAGGGAGAUACGGAAUUUAUGCGCGAAUAUCCUGGCUCUCAAAUGUCCAGGCUAUCAAUCUAUUUUAAGCAGAGCCAAUUUAUAACAUCCAAACGUUCCGAGUUAUAUGGCGUCACCGAUUUUUUGGCCAAUUGUGGCGGCAUCUUUGGCCUUUUCAUGGGCUUCUCAAUACUCAGCAUGGUUGAGGUCAUCUAUCACUUUACUUUGCGUUUCGGGGUCAAUCUGAAACAUUUGUUUAAAGUGGAUCUAUAAGUAUAGGGACGACAACUUUGAGCUGUUCCUCCGCGAUUUAAAUGUUGCGCUAGCAUGCAGCUCAAAUAGUCCGUUAUAUAGUUUUAAAAUUAUUUUGUAUUCGUAAUAUUUAAAGAGUUCAAGUUUUAUAAAGUUCAAAUUUACUUUAAUUUUUUUAUGUUAAUUGUUAAGUUUCGUUUUGUAUUUAUACUAUUUAGUAAUAUAUUUGUCCAAAAUGGAUUAAGCAUACCGCAGAAGAAACUAAA